UGACGUCACUAGGCUGGCGUGACCACAGUUUCGGUGUGUUGCUUCCGGGUUUACGUCACGGUGGGAACACAUCGGAGUCUAGAUAUCGGGCGGCCUCCCGUAUCGGAGUCACAGACGCUUUAUACCGACCGUUAAAAAUGAACAGGAUCUUUGGAAAGUCGAAGCCUAAAGUGCCUCCUCCGAGCCUGACAGACUGCAUCGGGAAUGUUGACGGCAGAGCAGAAUCCAUUGACAAGAAAAUUGCGCGGCUUGAUGCAGAAUUGGUGAAGUACAAGGAUCAGAUGAAGAAGAUGAGGGAAGGACCGUCCAAGAACAUGGUCAAACAAAAAGCUAUGAGAGUGCUGAAACAAAAACGAAUGUACGAACAGCAGCGAGAUAAUCUGAACCAGCAGUCAUUUAACAUGGAACAAGCCAACUACACGAUCCAAACUCUGAAAGACACAAAAACAACGGUUGAUGCCAUGAAAAUAGGUGCUAAAGAAAUGAAGAAGGCAUACAAGCAAGUCAAAAUUGAUCAGAUUGAGGACCUUCAAGAUCAGUUAGAAGACAUGAUGGAGAAUGCAAGCGAAAUCCAGGAUGCUCUGAGCCGUAGCUAUGGGACGCCAGAAAUUGAUGAAGAUGACCUUGAGGCUGAGCUUGAUGCCCUGGGUGAUGAGCUUCUGCUGGAUGAUGACAGUUCCUAUUUAGAUGAAGCUGCCUCCGCACCAGCUAUUCCUGAAGGCGUACCCAGCGACUCGAAAAACAAGGAUGGUGUAUUGGUGGAUGAGUUCGGACUACCACAGAUCCCCGCUACAUAAAAUCCCACGUAUAGAUAUAUAUAUUGAAGUUUCAAGCUUUUUCCUCCUUUAAACUUAUUUAACUAAGUUACUUUUGAAUCAACUACAAAAAAAGACCUUUGGAUUCUGUAUUUCAGCAUUCACUACAUAAUAACUUUUGUCCUGGAUUUAAAUAUUUAAUGCAUUCGUUCUUACUUGAAGCUUUCUAUAACCCAAACCCUUGAAUUUUACAAGUUUUACAUUGAGAUGCAGGAAUAGGCUUCUCAGAAAUGCACAUGUGCAGAAAAAAACAAAACCGGUUGAUACUGGAGAAAGUUUAUGGUGUCCUCUACUGUAUAAGAUAUGUUGGACUUGGUUCCUUAUCGGUGUUUAGGAUGGUCGUACAGUAUUCACUUCUUUCUGAGCUUUCCAGACUGGAGUACCAAGCUCUGCUCUGCCAGCCCAUCACCAUGGCAUCCUAUGGGCUAACAUCGAGUCUAAUUUGGCCAUCCGCAAUAAAAAAAAAACAUGUUGAUCCAAAGGUGACAUUCGCUUGCCUGGACUUGGCAAUGCCUGUACAAUAAAUACUAAUGAUCAAAAAUCAUUGCCCUGUCAUUCUUCAUAGUCUAUACUUUACAUAUUUUACUCACUGUAGUCCGUUUACUGUGCCCUUUUGUAUAAUGUUGCCUCUUUGUUUGAUAACCCUUUUUAUUUUAAUAAUCUUGUACAUGGGGCCUGGAGAUGGCCCAAAACAUUUACUGCUUGUACCUUGUUAUAAGGUGUAACCAUUAAUAAAGAGAGAAUGAUUGGU